CCAGCUCAGCUGAGGAAGUCAAGCCCCAUCUCUCUGUUCCAAGCUACAAGGUUUUUUUUCUCAUCCAUGCCUCCAUUGUUUUCUCCUGAGGAGAGGUUCUAGAAGCUUCUAGAACAUGGAAGUAUCCUGCCUCUUCUAUGUGUGCUGAAGAGUGAGAGAUGUGUGGGAUGCUGUAGUUAUCUUGAUUUGAUUUGAUUUGGAGUGUUUAUCCAGGAGAUUUUGGUUGUAUGAGCGAGAUAAAAAGGCAAGCUUGGCAGCUGUGGGAGAAGAACUCGCCCUUGAGACAAGAUUUGGCAAGAACAGAAGGAAGAUGGCUUAAUCCUGUUGAGAACAAAGCAGGAGACAAACAGCAUAACUUGGCCACAGGUUCAGUUAAAGCAAUGAGCAGGGAGAUAAUGCUCAAGUUAAAAGAUUGUUCCAGAAUCGGGAUAAGCCAGAAAGAAAGGAUGCUAGAUCCCGGAGGCAAUGUUGUGCUGACAUGGAGCCGUGUCUUCCUUGUCUCAUGCGUGGCUUCUCACUUCAUUGAUCCUCUCUUCUUCUUCCUGCCAAUUGUUAAGGGAAGAGACAGCCAGUUGUGCAUGACAAUGGACUACCAUCUUGCCAUUAUCCUCACUUGUCUCCGGUCUUUUCUUGACAUGUUCUUCAUAGUUCAUAUUGCCAUAAGAUUCUCCACUGCAUAUGUUGAUCCAGGCUCCAAAGUGCUUGGCAAGGGUGAGCUUGUCACAGAUCCUAAAAGGAUUGCAAAAAGAUACAUCAGAAGAGACUUCUUCAUUGACCUGGUAGCUGCAUUGCCAGUUCCACAAUUUCUCGUGUGGGCAGUCAUGCCAUAUAUGAGCUUCAAGCAUAUCAAUGCCCCUUUCUUUUUGAUAAUAUUGGUCCAAUCUGCCAUCAGAUUAUACACUGUAAUUCUUCUCAGCAUUAACAUUCUGGAAAUGGUGGGUUUCAUUGCAAAAAACGGGUGGGAAGGAGCUAUCUACAAUCUAGUUCUUUAUUUGGUGGCAAGUCAUGUGGUUGGAGCAAUAUUCUAUCUAACAGCAGUGGAUCGGCAAAAGACAUGCUGGGAAACACAGUGCUCUAUUGAGGACAGCAUGGCACACCAUGUACCAUGUGAUUUGAAGUUCCUUGACUGUAAAUAUGCCAUAUCAAGUGACAGUCAAAGUUGGGCAAAUAGCACAAAUGUAUUCACAGGUUGCAACGCCAACAGCAACAAUGUCAAUAUUAACUAUGGCAUAUUCAUUCGAGCAAUACAAAAUGGAGUGACCACAACUUCAUUCUCUGAGAAAUAUUUCUACUCCCUUUGGUGGGGACUUCAACAGUUGACAACGUACGGCAACCCUUUGGUGACUAGUUCCUUCAUUGGUGAAAACCUAUUUGCAAUAGGGCUAACCCUUCUCAGCAUUGGUUUGUUUGCACAGCUAAUAGGCAACAUGCAGAUACAAAUGAGAUCUCUUUCUAAGAAUACUGAAGAUUGGAGAAUAUGGCAAGCAGAAAUGGAAGAUUGGAUGACAGAUCAUCAAAUACCUGAUGAGUUGAGAUACCGCAUCAGUCAAUUCCUCAAAUACAAGUGGAUUGCAACACAGGGAGUUGAAGAGAAUUCAGUUCUGAGACAACUACCAGCAGAUCUUCAUCGAGAUAUAAAACGGUACCUGUGCCUUGAUCUUAUUGAACGCGUGCCAUUCUUUUCUGCAAUGGAUCAGCAAUUACUCGAUGCCAUCUGCGAACGCAUGACCUACUUCCUUAGCACCGAGGGAACCUACAUAAUCCGUGAGGGAGACCCUGUCAAGGUGAUGCUCUUCAUUAUUCGUGGUGAGCUAGAGAGCUCCACAACAGAUGGUGGCAGAACAGACUUCUUCAACUCUAUCAUCCUAAAACCAGGCGAUUUUUGUGGUGAGGAGUUGCUUACAUGGGCAUUGCUUCCCAGCUCUAGAGACAGCUACCCAUCAUCAACAAGAACUGUGAAAACAAUAGCCGAAUUGGAAGCAUUCUCCCUCCAAGCCGAUGACAUUAAGUGUGUAGCCAACACAUUCAGGAUGAUGCAUUCCAAACACCUGCAGCACACAUUCAGGUUACACUCAUACCAGUGGAGAACAUGGGCAGCUCGUUUUAUCCAAUCUGCAUGGCGGAGGCACCAGAACAGACAAAAAAUGGCAGAAGUAGGUCUAAGCAACAGGUGGGAGUCAUUCUUCUCAUUGGUCAAUGACUUCAAUGAGAUGAGAUGCGACGAUGCUAAUGGUUCUUCCAGCACUGUGUCAAAGGAAGCAACAGUUACUGUCUCAAAAAUUGCAUCAAUAUUCAAAAAAGCACAGAAGGAGCGGCCUGAAGAACCUGAUUUCUCUGCAGAUCAUCAUCUGGAGUAACACAAAAGCUGUGUUUAUAUAAUCAAAUGCUGUACAUAGUAAACCUGCUAAUUAGACAAGUGGUGAUCAUCUCUGUAACAUAAUUAUAGCUCCUGGAUGUUUAUUCUCAUUCACCAACAGCAAUAGCUGUUCACUUGAUUAUCUCAAUGUUUACUUAAAUGAUUAAAUAAUAUAUUGCAGACUACCAAAUGUGGGUCACCUCCACA